AUGUCGUCCGCAUCAAACGAAGGCCGCCAGUCCCCUGACCCCUCGACCCAGUCGGGCGCCCAGCUGCACGACACCCCCGCAUCUGGCCAGGGCACCGACAAGGCACCCAACAAGAAGGAAGGCAUGGAGGACCAGCUCAAGGGCCUGUCCUCAAACCCCAAGGGCCCCGUCGAUGACGCUCUCGAAGACAAGUUCAAGAAGGACGGGAAGUCGGGUCACUAA